GCAUCGUCUAUACAGCGACGAUGAUACGGCCGAAACGCAACGCUAUUUCAAAUAUUGAAAUACUACAUAAAGUUGAUACACGUACCUACGGCUACUGUAUUCGCAAAUAUAAGGGUAAGCUAAAUAUUUAUGUCUGUAACUAUAAAAUGCACCUCAUGUCCACGUAUGUAUUCGAUCAUCAGUCAAUAUUUAUAAUCUACAUACUAAAUUCACACUGCAUUUUCUGAAUACACAAUGACUACAAGUU